AGAGCAAACAUGGAGCGAACAGGCAGUGUUCAGAAGAAAGCCAUGGCUAGACAACACAAGGCAGAAGUGAUGAUUGCUGGAGAACAACUCAGGAUAAGACUUCAUGAUGGAAAACUGAUUAAGGACAGGCGCUACCACUUGCGUACAUACCCUAACUGCUUUGUGGCAGAGGAGCUAAUAGCCUGGCUUGUGAGCCACAAGGAAGCUCCAGAUCGGGGAACGGCUGUCUCUCUCAUGCAGCACCUCAUGGAUCAUGACAUUGUACACCAUGUCUGUGACAAAAGGCCAGUGUUCAAGGACGCGAAACUGUUAUACAGAUUCCGUAAGGACGACGGCACAUUUCCCUUCAAUACAGAGGUGAAAAUCUUCAUGCGAGGACAACGACUGUACGAACAUCUCAUGGGAAACAAGGACUCUAUUCUGCAACUGAGAGUGGCGCAUGGUGUUUCGUAUAAUCGCUCCUUUCCUGGCUGCCAAAUGAUUGACUGGCUCCUCCAGAAUGGAGAAGUAGAGAGCCGGCGCCAAGGUUUGGAGUUGUGCCGUGCUUUGGAAGAGCAUGGCAUUAUUCAACAUGUGUUAAAGAAGCAUGGGUUCUUCGACAGUGGGCUACUCUAUCACUUCAGCAUCAAUUUUCGCCGCCGCCGCCGUCUAUCUGAGUUGUUAAAUGAAGGUGAGCAAGACAAUGAUGAAGCAGUGGCAGCAGCAACACAGGAGGACAACCAACCUGACAGUCCAUUUGGCCUUUGCAAGAACACACAACAAGAAGGCAACAGUAGUUUCCAGUCUGUGGCAGUGACUAAAGACCUGAAACAGGUUACCAGUGGGCGUCGAGGCAGUUUGAAUUUCCUCCAGCUUCACUCGGCUGGAUUUCCUCCAUCUGCAUCUUCCACCUCAACGGUGAGAUGCAAUCCUAAAUCAGUGCUUAGAAGAAAAUUUACAUGUGAAGAAUUAUUGGCCUCUGGUGCUCCAUUUGUUAAGAGAGUGUUAACGGUAGUAGGAGAUGCACUGGGCUGGGGCUUUGUCAUCAGAGGAACGGCUCCUUGUUACGUGCAGGCUGUUGACCCUGGAAGCCCGGCAGCUGCUGCUGGAGUUAAGAUCCGACAGUUUAUAUGUCAAGUUAAUGAAAGGUGUGUUCUGUACCUGGAUCACUGGACGGUCAAUAGACUGGUGAUGACAGGACCUCGCAUCGUUGUGGUGGAAGUCAUGGAGCCAUGGGAAUGAAAACCGCAGAAUGUGUCCAAGAUCAUCUUAAAUAUGACAUUUGCUGGAAAUGAAGUAUAAUGCUACUAAAUAUCUUUCUUAUGAUUACUUUUAUCUUAUUUCAAUUAUAUCUGCUGGUAUGUUUUAUUUUCACUUGAUGAUUUAAUUGCAAUAGGGCAUCGCCUCAGUGUCUUGCCCUUCAUGGCACAUAAUUGUGCACCGCAGCCUCGUUUGAACCCUGUGUGAUAUUGCGGGAUUUGACCACUUAUGGGGACCUGCGGUCCAUUGUGCAAUAUAUGCACAGCAUAAGUUCACACGGAAAAAAUGGUAUACUAGGUCUGUGAUAAAAGUAACGGACCUUAUUAUUUUUUGAAAAAAAUAAAAAGGACCGCUUUUUUCAUCACAGACCUCGUACUGUUUUGUUUUUGCCUGCAAUCACCGAAGCAGUCACAAAAAUUUAUUUAUUUUUUUUUCUCACCUGCAAAACUGCCUCGACACGUUUGGGCUCCGGUCAUAAACAAACCACAACACAUAAGCACUUUCCCACAAUCGUCACUUUUCUUUGCAUUUUCAUUUUGUUUGCAUGUAAUUUGCCCAAAAACCCAUUGAAAAUGUCAUGAUUUAUCCAAGGAAGUAGGGAAGUAGAGAAGUAGAGAAAUUAUGUUGUUUGCGUCAUAUUUUACCCCUUUAGCGCCCGCCCUCAAACAACACUGCGGUGCCCUAGAGUUCUUAUUUCUGAAUGUAGAAUUAUAAUUUUCAUCUUAGGUGCAUGUCCACUGUGAGAGACAUAAUCUAAAAAAAAAACAAACAAACAAAAAAAAAUCCGGAAA